CUCUCAAUCUCCAAUUGAGACACGAUUUUGUACCAGAAAAACAAGAGCUUUGAAAUUUAUAAAAAACAAGAGUAUUAGAAUCUUAUGAUCAAAAUCGGAUCGGAGGGUAAAGAAGAAAGAUGGUGGCGAUAUCAGCACACAGAGGGAAGCUCCACAAGGUCCCCAACAUUCCCCGUGAAUGGCUCACCCCUACUCCUUCAAUCUCCCCCAAAGACUUCAAGCUUCUUCUCCGCCGCAGAUCAAAUGCCCUCUCUCUCCUUCAAUCCUCCACUCCUUCUAACCCUAACCCUAAUCAACUUCCCCACAAGCUCGAUUCCUCCCCCACCCCACCUCAUUGUGAUGUCAAUGCUCCCCCGAAUCUCAAGUUAGAUGACAAGCUUCAAUCCGAAGCUGCUUCUCUCCAGGAGCUUCAACCACCUGAUCACAACAUUGAUAACUCUGAGUUGGUGGAAAAAGUUGAUAACUUGGCUCUCGAGAUUAGUCCCGGUGCUUCGAAUCCGAAUCCUGUCCCUCAGAUGGAUAACAAGGAAGAUAGGAAAAAGGAGAUUGAGGAGAAAUUAAAAGUUUUAAAUGCAAAAAAGCAUGAUUUGGUUCAAGUACUGAAACAGAUAAUAAAUGCAGAAGAAGAACUAAAGAAGCGAAGUACCGUGCAGGGGCCGACUGUUCGACCAUCUGUUUCACUUCAUGUAGAUGUUACAAAUGAUUCUGGGUCAAUGACUAGACAUCUCACUCCCAGAAUGGGCUCAGAUGGAUUACUCCGUGGAGAUGGGGAAGGAGGAGAAGCAGAUGAUGCUUCAAAUCAUAAUACUCAUUCUCGCAGUUUUCUUCGAAUGAGUAGUGUGUCACCAUCUUCAGAUUCCCCUCAUAAGAGGCCUUUCCAUACUGCGGUUCCACAUUCAUCUCGAGCAACUCCAUGGGCCUCUGCUAGUCCAUCUCGCUUUGCUCCAACUGGACAACAAGGUAAUUUGGCAAGUGUACCCACUGUCUCUGCAUCUGGAACAAACUAUAUCGCAUCCUCUCCUUCACCUGCAGCUUCUGGUGGAACUUCAGUGUUUAGAGAUGCUCGGCAUAGAAGCCCAUGGAAUUGAUCCACUGUUUCUAUAUUACCUUUAAAGUUAUUGUUUUGUAUACCAGUUGGUUGCAGUUGUAAUUGCCUGUAUCCUAGUGUGGGAAUCACAGUUUUCAUUGCCCUGGGUAUGGCUUGUGGAGUUGUCUAUACUUUGCUACUUGUUGGACUUUCGGUCCACUUUCUUGUUAAAUACAAAUUGGCCUCGAACACAACCUUGAGACAAAUAAAUUUUGCAGCCUCAUAUUAUUA